AUGCAGCCUGCUUCUGCGAAAUGGUACGAUCGAAGGGACUGUGUCUUCAUUGAAUUUUGUGUUGAAGACAGUAAAGAUGUUAAUGUAAACUUUGAAAAAUCUAAACUUACAUUCAGCUGUCUUGGAGGAAGUGAUAAUUUUAAACGUUUAAACGAAAUUGAUCUUUUUCACUGUAUUGACCCAAAUGAUUCCAAGCAUAAAAGAACGGAUAGGUCAAUUUUAUGUUGUUUACGAAAAGGAGAAUCUGGCCAGUCAUGGCCAAGGUUAACAAAAGAAAGAGCAAAGCUUAAUUGGCUUAGCGUGGACUUCAAUGAUUGGAAAGAUUGGGAAGAUGACUCAGAUGAAGACAUGUCUAAUUUUGAUCGUUUCUCUGAGAUGAUGAGCAACAUGGGUGGUGAUGAGGAUGUAGAUUUGCCAGAAGUAGAUGGAGCAGAUGAUGAUUCACAAGACAGUGAUGAUGAAAAAAUGCCUGAUCUGGAAUAAGGAAUGUCGUCAGCACCGGAAUUUGAGAAAGGAAAAAAAAAUAACUUCUCUGCAAGAUUUCAUAAUUGAGAGAAUUCCUGAGUUGGUAGCUCUAAAGGCAGAUGCUGUAUUUGCCUCCUUAACCCAUUUUUCAACCUUUUUUUUUUUUUUAAAGGCUUCACUAAGGGUUGAUAUGUACCAUUGUAUGGGGCAAUUUUAAGUCAGCUAAGGCAAUAACCUUAUGCAUGAACAUUUCCCAGAUUUCUCUGACACUGUUGAGGUCCUAGGCAAUUGAUACAGUGGUUAGACAAAACAUUUCACCUAAGUCUCCUUUACUUCAUAACAUAGAUAACUGACAUGAUAGGAAGCUCUUGACUUAGGGAACGAUAACUAGAUUUUAGAACAUGGACUCAAAGUGGCUGAAACAAAUUGGUUGAAACCAUAAAUUGGUAACCUUGUUCCUCUGGUAUGUCCUUCAGGAUUGUUUCACUAAAGUUUUAUUUUUUAAAAAUUUACUUUACAUUAUUGUAUGUAAGUAAUCACUUGUCAGUGUUCCACAUGUAUCUUAGCUAAAACUAGUGUAUGCCCUAUUUAGAUGGUUUUUGAAGCCUGUACAUUUGGUAUUGUUUGACCCUUAAACUUUUACAUCUCUUAGCAUGGAGGACGAAGAAAGCUGUACAUUGUUGCUUAAGAGUCUGUACAUGUAGACCAAAU